ACUCACCUAACAUGUAAAAUGUUAACAUUUCUGCCUUCACACUUUAAACAAGUAUUACAAGUGGAAUUACUUGAAUCCUAAAUUAAAAUGAAAUCUGUUUUAUCAGCGGUAAAACGUGUGUAUUUGUAGUUAUGUGUUUUAAGAGGCAUGUAAACAUGAUUAGGGUGUCAGAGUGUUGUCAGAGGGCUGUCAUGUUCCUGUUGCUAGCUGAGUUAGCCUAGCAUGAGACGGAGGGGCGGUGUACACGUAAAGAUCCAUAGGUCUGCUUUACAAACCAUUUCAGGUGGUCUGGAGUCAACGUGCCAUGAUUGUCGGCUAAAUGUGAAGAAACAUCUGCAGCACAAUGUCUGCUCUGCUGAUUGCCAUAUCAGUAUUUCUCAUCCUGGCAGUUGUAUUAAUUUCACUCUUUAGAUGGUUUGCCUGCAGUUUGGCUGUCCGUUUUUUCUACAAUGUCCUGAACGCUGAGCUCAAGAUCAAAUCUGUGGGUCUGUUCUCGGUGCGAGGAAUCAGUGUUCAGUUUCAGCCUCAACACACUCUGGAAAUUGACAGGAUAUGGAUUUCUUGUAAAAUAGUAAACCCGGACUUGCCGAGGUUCUUGGCGUUGUGUGUGGGUGAGGCCCGGGUCCGCUUUGACCUGCAGGAGCCCUUUAGGCCCCGCGCUCCCAAAAGCAAUGAAGAGAAUACUAAAAAACCUGCUCUCAGUCCCUCUACUCUGCAUUUUUUCUCUCAGCUGCUGUCAUUCCACAUCGACUCCAUAAAUGUGAUGGUGUUGAAUCUGGCCCUGCCUGAGUCACUCUGGCACAUGACAUCCUCUGCCAUCGCUUUGCUGCUGGAUCAUCAAAGUAAAAGGUUGGCCUGGGAUUUCUCAGUGGGACAACUUAGCAGUAAAGUUCUGAAGAGCAGCAGACUGCAGGACACUUGUCUGGCUGAGGUGUCCCUGAGUCUGGCCCUGAAUGGUGACGUGAGUCUGCCUGAUCUCAGGCCAGGCCAUCUGGGACUGUGUGUCAGAACUCUGCUGGCUGAACUUCACGAGGGUCUGUUUCUCAGCCAGUUACCCAAACUUCCAGGAUCUGCACCACUUCAUGGCACCAGUCAAACUGCAGGUUUGACCAAAUCAGGUGAUACAGAGGACUCUUACAUUCAAACAGAAGCAAUUGAGGGGCUUCACAAACUGGUUCCACAGAAGGUCAAUGUGGAUUUUGAAAACACUAAUAUCACACUCUCCAUGCACAGUCAGAAGAGACACUUGAACUGGACUUUGAAGUCUUUGAAGGUGGGUUAUGAUCGUGAUGAUGAACAGCUUCCUCUGAAGAGUUUCACCCCUGAGCUCAGUUUCCCACAGAGCCGCCUGGAGCUUCUGCUGGAGGAUGGCCUUCUGCUGUCACAAAGUAGACAGAGGAUUAUAUGUCUAAACAAUCUCAGAACCAUACUGCAGGUGACAUCUGUUGACAUCUCUAGCACGAUCACCAUCAACACUUGUAUCAUCCACUACCGUCAUCAAGAGUUCUCCCAUUGGCUGGACAUGUUGUCAUGGGACCAGCUUUCGCACAAAAAAACGACUCGUAAAAAAAGGCGUUUCCCUCAGCUGGAUGCUCCCGUGUUGAUAAGCUCCUCCGUGUCCAAUGUCAAUGUGUCCGUGCAGUUAGGAGAUACACCACCCUUUGCCUUGGGCUUCAUCUCAGCCAAUUCUGAACUGCAGCACUUGCUGGACUCAGAAGAGGAUGGCGUGAAGAGUGUGACUGUGACUGAGAAAGCCUCUCUUUCCCUGGAUCAUUUCUGGUGGCGUGUGGGCCAGGGCUCCCAUAUCCAGCAGGCUCCUCACCCACCUGGAAAACAUGUCUGGGGGGAAGCCCUUAUCCUAGAUUGCCUCACACUGCAGGGCAGCUAUAGUAAGCCAAGGACAGUGAACUCCAGCCCUCCUGGGAGUGUUUGUAUGGAGUCCAGUCUGAAAGGCCUGCAGCUGGAAGUGUCCGAGACUUGCACUCUGUGUCUGUCUCGUCUGUUCUCCGUUCUUAAACUGGACAAAGCAGAAAUUGUCUCCCUACAUUCCCCUCUAGAAAAGCCUCAAACAUGCCCACCACUCUUUACGUUUAAACUCAGUCUUGAGGAUGUAAACACAUUCACACUCUCCAAUGUUGCAGGGGCUGUUGCAGUGAGGGUGGACACAGUGGUGGCUGAAGGAUCAGGGGAGAACUCAAGUGUGUCUGUCCAGGGUGUUUCUCUGGCUGUGGUGAAGGCCCUCACUGAGAGUAUGGAGCCCUGCAGCCCAGCCGCCCAAACUCCCAACCCCAUUCUGACCCUAACCACGUUCACGGUCUCAUACCACAUCAGCAAACGCAGCCUGAAGGUGCAGAGUGAAAAUGCUUUAACAGUGCAGUGGACUCCAUCGGAUCACAUGUUUCUGUAUCAGCACAUCACAGAGAGCCAAAGCUAUUGGAAGGCUCUUUCUGCAUCACUAAGGCUACGACAAAAGGAUGAAACCGAGUCUGCAGCCUCUUCCUCUGGCAUAUUAGUGUGUGUAGAGCUGGCAAGCACUCGGCUUACCGCCCAUGUGGCCGAGAAGAACUUCAUCAUCCUCAGUGCAGAAGCACUUUCGCUUUCCAAACGGUCUGGAGAAAUGCUUAUGAAGACUCCUCACCUGGUGUUCAACUUUGAUGGCAAUGAUAUCUUCUCCUUUUCUGGUGCAGAAGUGCAGAUGCUAGAUGAUCUCGAGGAGAUGCAAGAGCACAGAUCUCAAUUCCCUUUCCUCCAAACAUCUCGCAAUCGCACCUGGCUUUUCACUGCGCCCAACCUUACCAUUGAGUUCCCUUAUCAGUACAACUUCUCAGACACUUUCGACAAGGCCAUCAGUGUGCAGAAGUGGCUGAAGACACUACACAGAAGUGCCGCCCUGCCGGCAGAGCCUUGUUGCCUGCCACCGGACCUGGUGAUCCGCAUAAAUCAGUUCUCCUUCGUGUUCCUGGACGACGUCUUUGAGAUCAAACUGCGUGACAAUUACGAGCUAAUGAAGGACGAAAGCAAGGAAAGCGCCAAACGCCUGCAGCUGCUAGACAAGAAAGUGGCUGACCUACGCAAACAGCACGGCGAGCUCCUGCCGGCCCGUAAGAUUGAGGAGCUCUACACCUCCCUUGAGCGCAAGCACAUUGAGAUCUAUAUUCAGCGAUCCAAGAGGUUGUACUCCAACACACCCAUGCGCAAGUCCAUGCUCACCUGGACGGUGUCGGAGUUCGAGCUGGUGGCACUUGCGGAUCAGUCAUUGCACGGACCUGAGCAGAUCCGAGAGCAGCUGAGGGACAUUGAUGGCAUCAGCCCCUUCCCUAGAGAUGGCCUUCAGCUGGUGGUCCAGUGGUGCCGUGCUUUCAAAUUCAAGCUUAAUGCAUUUCUGGUGCGGAUCCGGGACUACCCUCGAUACCUGUUUGAGAUCAGAGAGUGGGCCCUGUCGGGACGCCUUAUGGGCACUGAGCAGGAUGGGCAGCUGAGAGCAAAGCGCAAACAGGUUGUCCAGCUCGGCCAGCCAUGGGGUGAUGUGACCGUUUAUAGAAAUAUGCCACCACUGAAGUUCUACUACGAUGUCCAUUCAAAUAUUUCCCUCUACACCAUUGUGUGGGGGCCAUGCUGGGAUCCAGCUUGGACGCUGAUUGGCCAGGCUGUUGAUUUACUGACCAAACCUUCAGCUGACCCGUCCCCUCUACUGACCUGGUGGGAUAAAAGUAGACUUCUUCUUCAUGGCCGCUGGGUAAUGGACAUCGAACAGGCCAACCUGCAUCAGCUCGCUACUGAGGACCCUUACAACACUACAGAGAACCUGCACUGGGAGUGGAGCAAGCUGAACUUUGACUGGAAUCCUGGGCAGUUUGUCUUCAAGGGUGACCUGGACGUCAACGUUAGAACAGCCUCCAAGUAUGAUGAUGUCUGCUUCCUGCAUCUCCCGAGCCUAUGUAUGACCCUUGACCUCCAAUGGCUAUGCCACGGUAAUCCACAUGACCACCAUGCCGUAAUGCUCUGUGCUGCAGAGAACGUUGCGGAUGUCACUUCAGUCCAGCCACAUGACUCCUACAGGGCCUUCCGUUCUGAAAACCUCAACCUCUCCAUCACCAUGGACCUCGACCAGCACUGUGGCAAAAAACCCUGUCAGCCCAGAAUCCUCCUCUACAGCAGCACCCUGCGCUGGAUGCAGAACUUCUGGGCCACCUGGACCAGCGUGUCCCGACCCAUCUGCAGAGGCAAGCUCUUCCACAGCCUCAGACCCAGCCGCAGGAAGCUCGGACAGCACUACAAACAGAUGUCCUACACGGCAUCUUUCCCACAGCUACAGGUCCAUUACUGGGCAUCAUUUGCUCAGCAGAGAGGCAUUCAGGUGGAGUGCAGUAAAGGUCAUGUCUUCACCAGAGGAGCACAGAGGCUCAUCCCACAGGCUGGCACUGUGAUGAGGCGACUGAUCUCAGAGUGGAACGUUACUCAGAUGGUGAGCGAGCUCUCUCUGGUCACCGUGCACCUCAUGGCCUCCACUUGGGAUGAGACUGCCGACCACCAGAUCAACGCCCAGGUGAAGAAGACCCACCUGCUCAGCCUGUCCUCGCUCAGCUACCAGAGACAGAGCAACCGCAUAGAGGAGGAGGUGAACUCAAAAGACGAGAGCAAUGCUUCCUACACGCACAAGUUAUGUUUAGUGGACCUCCGGGCCUCUUGGACCACCACCAACAGGAACAUUGCCUUUGGGUUGUAUGACGGUUAUAAGAAAGCAGCCGUGCUGAAGAGGAACCUCUCCACAGAGGCUCUGAAGGGUCUGCGAAUCGACACCCAGGUGCAGAUGAAAAAGCUGAAGCGCUCCAUGUCCAGCUACUCCUCAAACACGGCUCCCGCUACACCAGUCAUCACCGCAACCACCCGCCCAGAGAAAAGUCAGAAUGAAGGAACAUCCAUGCUGCAGAAGCUUAUCGAGGAGACUGAUAAGUUUGUGGUCUUCUCCGAAGAGGACGCAGGAGUGAGCGACCAGCUCUGUGGUAUUGCCGCGUGCCAAACUGAUGAUGUUUACAACCGCAACUGGUUCAUAGAGCUCGUCAACUGUCAGAUGAUGCUGCGAGGCACGGAGACUGCCGGCUGUGUGCUGGUAUCUGCCGCCAAGGCACAACUACUGCAGUGUGAACACCAUCCCGCUUGGUACAGCGACACACUCAAGCAGAAGACCACCUGGACGUGCCUGCUAGAUGGUAUGCAGUAUUUUGCCACCAUGGAGCAAAACCCCUCUGAACAAGAAGACUGGCAGCUGUGGCUGGAGGUGAAGAACAUUGAGGAGCACAGGCAGAGGAACCUGGACUCAGUGCUGGAGUUGAUGGAGAGUGGCCAGGCUGUUGGAGGCAUGGUCAGCACCACCACAGACUGGAACCAGCCGUCUCAGGUGCAGGAGACCCAGCAGGUACAGCGUAUCAUCUCUCGCUGUAGUUGUCGCAUGUACUACAUCGGGUACAGCCACGACAUUGACCCUGAACUGGCCACCACCAUCAAACCACCAGAGAUCCGUGACCACCAUGAGAAGGAAGACCUUUUAAAGAAACAGGCUGGUGCAGUUGACACCUUCACCCUCAUCCACAAUGACUUGGAGAUUUCCACCAAUCCAGUGCAGUACUCCAUGAUCCUGGACAUUGUCAAUAACCUGCUGCUCCAUGUGGAACCCAGACGCAAGGAGCACAGUGAGAGGAAGCAGCGUGUGCGUUUCCAGCUGGAGAUCUCCAGCAAUCCUGAGGAACAGCGUAGCAGUAUCUUGCACCUUCAGGAAGCAGUACGUCAGCAUUUGGCUCAGAUCCGGUGCCUGGAGAAACAGAUCUACUCCAACAUGAGGUCCCAAUCAGAGGAGUUCAGAGGAGACGAGCUGUCAGACAUCAACCUGCGGCUGCAGAAUCAGCUUAACCAAGAAAAGACGGACAUGCAGAUGAAGAGUGAGGAGCUCAACAUCCUCAUCCGGUGUUUUAAGGACUUCCAACUGCAAAGGGCAAACAAACUGGAGCUGCGGAAACCCCCAGAAGACGUUAGCGUUGUACGUCGUACUGAGAUCUACUUCGCUCAGGCCCGAUGGUGUCUCACGGAAGAAGAUGGACAGUUGGGGAUAGCUGAGCUUGAACUGCAGAGGUUCAUGUACAGCAAGUUGAACAAGUCUGAUGACACAGCAGAGCAUCUCCUGGAAUUGGGCUGGUUCACAAUGAACAACCUGCUUCCCAAUGCUGUGUACAAGCAUGUAAGGGUGGUUCUGCGUCCUCAGAGCCCCUGCCAAUCAGGACGCCAGCUUGCCCUCCGCAUCUUCAGUAAGGUCCGCCCCCCGGUUGGAGGGAUUUCCGUGAAAGAGCACUUUGAGGUAAAUGUGGUACCACUCACCAUUCAGCUAAUGUACCAGUUCUUCAAGAGGAUGAUGGGGUUUUUCUUCCCUGGAAGAAAUGUGGAAGAAGAGGAGGUUGGGGAUGAGGAAGACAAGUUCAGACUUGUUACUACAGGUGUCGUGAAACCCAGGCAGCUCUCUGAAGACUCCAUAGGAGGGCUUGGACCUGGGAAAGGGGUCACGCAAGGGUUAAAUCGAACCGCUGGAGUCAGGAGGUCUUUUCGCAAACCACCUGAGCAUCCUGUUGAUGACAUUGAUAAGAUGAAAGAGAGAGCAGCCAUGAAUAAUUCUUUCAUCUACAUCAAGAUUCCUCAGGUUCCCCUUUGCGUCAGUUACAAGGGAGAGAAGAGCAGUGUAGACUGGAAGGAUCUGAACCUGGUUCUGCCCUGUUUGGAGUAUCAUAACAACACCUGGACCUGGCUGGACUUCGCAAUGGCUGUGAAGAGAGACAGUCGUAAGGCUCUGGUCGCACAGAUGAUAAAGGAGAAGCUACGGUUGAAACCAGCCUCAGGCUCCGAGUCUCGGGGGAAAGCGACAGAUGGGAAAACAGACAGCAGCCUCCAGCAGCAGGUGGAGGACGAGAAGGCAAGACUUUUGAUCGGCUUCAGCACCGCCGACAAGAGCUCCAGCAAAAAGAGCAUCUUCAGUCGCCGCAAGUGAAACUCCCGGUCUCGAAGAAUCACUGCUGUAUCUCACCGAGUCCCCGUCAGUGGGAACUAUGAUAAACAAACCUAGUCAUCUUCACCACUGGUGCCUUUAAACGUCCGCGCUGGGUGCGGACACGAAAACCAGCACCAUGGUCAAGCCGUGACUGCAGGCAAUGAGAAGAUGAGAUUGUCGUUCUACUGUCUAAUACGAGUGCUGUACACCUAACAUUGUUUUUAUGUGCUCCUGUUGUGCCAUGAAUCAUUUCAACAUAUUUAAAUGAACUUCAUACAGGAUUAAACUUUCUUUUUCAAGUAAGAUAAAAUCCUCGCAGUGUCCCACAAUUCAACGGUUUAUCUUUCCGUUAUCUCUAUUUUGUGUUUCGAGCAUUGUGACGCCUCUCCUGCUGGAUCAGGAGAUACUUGUGUAUGUUGACGGAGCCACACGGAAGAGCAAGAAGAAUCUGAAAUUCACAUAUAUUGGAAACUCGUAUUAUCCCACGAUUAGUGAAGAAAACAAAAAAUUUGAGCUCAACAUUAAAUUGUACUUGACAUUAGUUUGUUGACCACUGUACUUACUACAUAGUGCAAUACAAAAGCAAAUGGACUGAGGAUCUUCUGCUCGCGGAGCAGUUGUUUUCGGAUGUCAUGGGAAGCAUCUUGUUUUAUGCCAUUUUUGCAGCCUGUCUGAUUAAUGCUUUGUAAUUUUAACACUAUGGCACUUUUUACACAAAAUAUUUUCUGAUAUUUUUGUAUCUGUGGUUGUCUUCUGUAUCAUUUCGAUAAUGUCUUCAGAUGCUGCUGGUUUUUGCUUGUCAGCUUCAAAGGUGAAAGAUGUUGUUUCAGCUUGAAUGUUUAAAAAUGAGCACUAUAUUUAGAUUUUCUUUCCCUCACUGUGUCAGGCAAUAUUGUCUGGCAGUUGUCUUAGUAUUGUUCUUUGUACAAAUAAUGGGAGGUAUUAAAUGUCACCAAGCAUGUAAAUUAAAAAUUGUCAAUAAAAUAAAAGCAGGCCCCAA